AAGCCUCCAGCUGACAAAAGCUAAGCAAUCGAGCUGACAAGAGCUAAGCAAUCGAGCUGACAAGAGCUAAGCAAUCGGGGGAGUUCACUGAUGUCUUGCUUCAGCGCCAUGACCACGACGACGGGCGGCAGAGGCACCUACUACUACUCGUCCUCGCCGGGGCGGCCCCGCGGCGGCGGCGGCGGCAAGAGGCCGUGGCGGCGGUGGCGCGCCAAGUGCGCCGGCAUCGCCGCAGCCGUCGGGUCCAGGCUCCGGAGAUCUGUCGUCAGGGCCGUCGACGGUGGCCGCCGGCGCACGCCGCCGCCUUCGUCCUCAUCCGUUCACCGCGGGUGGUGCCACCACCACCACCACGGCCGCCAGAGCUUCGCGCCGGUCUACGUCGACGACCUCUACAGCCACAGCCUACAGCCGGCAGCCAAGGCCCACCGCGGCGUCGUCGUGCGGCAGGAGCAGGUGCAUGAGCCGCCGAGCACCAGCGCCCGCGACAAGCUGCCGGCGACGGAUGCGGCUGCGCCCGCGCACGGCGCCAGUGCCAGCAGCAACAGGCAGCAGGCGCGCGCCAUGGCUGCGGGCGUCGCCGCGAUGAGGAACGUGCUGCUGCGGAGCCCCGGCAGAGGCGGCGGCGGCGUGCUCGGGGUGGUGAAGGGGAUGGGGGAGGUGGACCUCAGGGCCGAGCUCUUCAUCCGCAAGUUCAAGGAGGACAUGCGGCUGCAGAGCCAGCGCUCGGCGGAGGAGUUGCAGGCCAUGCUCGCAAGAGGCCUAUGACACCACGUACCAUACCAUAACAUAGCAUAGCAUAGGAGAUUAUUUGUUAAAGGGCAAGAAGAAAAUUUGGUAAAAUUAAACUCUCUUAGCUGUGGCUUUGGUUUGAGAGGUUGGUUUUCUUUGUGUUCAAUCGAUGUACAUACAUGAUUGUUCGUGUUACAUUCGUUGGUGGUGUCUUGCUUGUAAUAAAGUGCAUAUAUUUGUUUGACGUU